AUGGACAAACGCUGCGUGGAGUUAGGCUACGAGAAUGUGGUCAAGGAUGGCAUGAAAGGCGCAUUGGAUCUUGCUGCUGCUGCAGUGGACACCCUCGACGCACUCAGCACCCAGACCAACAAUGUCGCUCAGAUGGACCUCUUCCAAUACAUGUUCGGAUUUGCGGUCACAACAGUGAACGGUCAUAGACAGGUCAACCAAAAUGAACUAGAUUAUAUAAAAGGGAUCUAUACAAACGUCCUCAAUUUCGCUCUUUUAAGAGAGGAUAGAAAACCCAACGACGUGGUCAUAUACUGUGACUACUCUCGAUACAUCGAAGGAGUGGAUUGCAAUGGAGUGGAGAACAAAUCGGUGGCUUGUGACAAGGAUACUAGCCAGAAAGCCAAUAUAGACUUCUCUUAUAAGUCAUGCAAGUCGAAAUCUGGGUAUAUUCCACUCAUGGCUCUCACUCUGUCCAAUGGCGUAUCAAACUUUGGUCAGGUUGACCUAUGUUCCUGGUAUUUGGAAUUUAGCUCCAAAUCCAAAAUCAAAUACUGGUGGCAUCUUGGUCCGAAGGCUUUGUUAGCAUGGCCCAUCCACGCCGGAUAUAAUGCUAUUUUCCAGCGGACACGCAUGGAUGCUUACGCGCUGUUGGACCACACACUGAUGCAUGAGCUGACACAUGCUAUACCGGUGCGUCCGACAGACGACGUUGCCGGAAAGACAAGCUACGGUAGGUGUUAG